AUGCAAUUAAACCGGGCCGCCGCCGGUAAUUGGCGAAUGUUACGCGCGGUUUUAUUUAUUUAUUUUAUUAUUAUUAUUUUUUUUUUUUAUUAUAACGCGCUCGCGUGUGCGCUUAUAAUACGUAAUAAACGCAUAUAUAAAAAAAAAAAAAAUUCUCGGCCAGCGAAAAUAAUAAUGAAUCAAAUAAAAAAAAAAAAUAAAUAACCCGACCGGCCCGAAAUAUCUCGCGAAUAAUAAGCGUAAAGGUAAAACGGCGCGGCCGCACCCACGUCUGUAUAAUCAUAUCCGCGUGAUUAUAUCGCGUACGUGCACGCCACGCAGCCGCGCGUUAUUCCGGAGCGCGCGUAGAUCAGGGACGCGCGGCAUCCGGCGUCCGCGAAAGUACCGACCGUGCGGCGGCGGUGGCCCAAUCAAAAGAGGUUGACGGUCGCGGCCGCCGCGCCGUUAACGCGUCCGGCAGACUUUCGGCCGCCACGGCCGCCCGCGCGCAAAUAUUGUGCACGCAUAUGGGUACCCGCGCGCUGGACGCGAAUCGCGAUUUAUUAUCAUUGCCGUCAUCGCGUACCUGCGAUGGCCGGGGUAUUAUACCGGUUUGCGGCGCGACCGUGCGCACUUUCCGGCGGCUAUCGCGACCGCGCGAUCGUGCGAUGCGGCCACCACGGCGACCGUCCCGCCCUGUGGAGGAUACGCGUAUCCUCGGAUCCUGAUCACGGACCGAGGGGGCUUUCAUUGUCGGGUAGUACGUGUGCGCUGUGCGCAUUGCGCGUCACGGUCGUGAUAUUACCGCGGGGCUCGGAGAGUCGGGAGUAAUUUGAACAUAAUACUACGCGAAACGAAAUCCGAUAAUGACAGCGCAGCAGGUAUUGAAAACAGACCGAAAUCAUUGGUAACGGACGGGCGAAUCGGUCAUACGUUCGGCGCCCAUAAUAUCGUGUCUCUGUUUUAGCGAUAUAGCUAAGGAAUGCUAUUGGAAAAGAGUUCUAAAAGUCCCGAACGCCACGACAAAUACUGUACGCCAAUGUCUAUAAAUAGCACUGAAAGUUCUCAGUUACCGGAGCAGCUUUACGAGUAAAAUUGUCACAAAUGAAUUUGUUGUUACAUAAUUCAUAUUGCCAAUUUAAAAAACUACGUUUAGGCUAAAAAAAAUGCACAAAUUCACAACCUUACUGAUAAUAUAAUAUUGUAAAAAUAUUAUUAUUAGCAUUGUUAUAUUCAUUAUUCAAUAAAAUAAAUGGUUCAUUUUUAUAUGUUUUAUAUAUCUAUCAUAGGCAACAUUUCAUUCAUUUUUGGCGAUAUAUUCCUUUUACUAUUAUCUGUUAUACCUUAUUUCAAAAAUGUCUUUGGUGGUGCAAACAUUGAAAUCGCCGAAUUUUCACUGCGUUUCUUAAAAUUUUUGGCGGUGUUUCUUUUAUUUUUUUUUUUGUUUUUUUGACACAAUUGAUUUAUUUUAUAAAACCUAUAUUGUCAAAGAUAACAUAAGAUAAGAUGGUAAGAAAAUGAUCCGUGGUGUAAGUACGUCGGGUUGUUUUCGACAUUUAAAUUUUUAAGCGGUUUUUUAAAUUAUGAUAUUUCACAUAUAUUAUAGAUACUAUUGGAACAUUCUCAGCAAGAAUCAAAUUUGUUUCGUACUUCACUGAAAAACAUAAAGUAUUCACGAGUAUUAUAUGCAGUCAUCAUAUUGUACUACAUGUUGUUGAGCAAAAAUAAAAAAAAAGCAUGCAUAUUUUGCUAAUUUAGAGUUAUAAGUGUUAUAGGACACUAAAUCGGGCACUUUAUAGGCAUAUAUUUUAUCUAUGUCAAUAAAGUUGACGGCAAAUGUUACUAUGACGCCCUCUGAAGGCCGUUGGAGCUAAUAUCAUAAGUACCUACGUUAAAAAAAUACGGAUAUAGUUAGCAAGACGCGUGGGCCACUGUAAUGAAGCCGAAGAGGUAGGACAUAAAGGGGAAUUUAAUUUAUACCUGUAACCAAUGAUUAACCAUUAAGAACGAAAAAUGAUUCUGAGCGGAGUUCGGUUAUAAAAUAUUUUGAAAGGCCGUAAUAUGUGUCAAGAUUUUCGUCAAAAUUUAAUUUUAACUCUUAUAAAAAAAAAUUAUUGUAAAAUUUUUUUUUUUUUUUUUGUUGACCACUAAGUACAGCCCAUGAUGAACUUCCUGUCGAGUUUUAAGCAUUUCUAUUUUAUCCACCUUUUGUUAUUUUUAGAUUAUGCAUAACUUUGAUGAUGAUUUUUGAAAGCAAAACAGGUCCUACAAAAUAAAAAAAAAACCACUAAAUAUAACAAAAUAUAUUUAUGUAUAUUUUAUUAUAUUCUGAGUGGAGUGAAUAGUUUUUACCUGUGUGCAACUUUUCUACCAGAAGACUUGUUCAGAUUUGUAUAUGUAGCACUUUUUCUGAGAGGAAAUCGAUGUGAGAAGGUACUUUAGGGGAUAAUUUUUAGAUUUUCUAAGGAGUUUUCAUAUCAAAAUUUGAAAAACCGCAUAAAAAAAAUAGAGGAGAAAUGGGAAAAUGCACGAAAUAUAUUACGAUUCUUUUUUCUGUGCACAACUUUUCUACCAGCAAUUUCGCUCCAACUUUUAAUGAUAGCAAUAUACUUUAAAGAAGUUAUUUUUGAUUUUCCCAAGAGUUUUCCCAGUAAAUGUGAAAAACCGGCAUAAAACAUGGGAAAACCGAGAAAAAAGUUAGAAAACUGAGAAAAUCGGUACAAUAUUAAGCAAAUAUUAUUUAAGAAAAUUUAUAUAACCUUUUUAAUUAUUUUACUAUAUAAUGACAUAUAUAUUGUUGACAAAGCAUCAACUGAACUCCGCUGAAGAUCGUUUUUUCGUAAGCAAUGGUUUAUCAUUUACUGGGAAAACUCUUGGGAAAAAUUGCCUCCCUAAAUUAUCAUCCCAUUCAGAUUUCCUUCCAAAAAAGUACUAUCAUUGUAAAUCGGAACAAAAUUCCUAGUAGAAUAAUUGUCCACAGAAAAAAAAAAUCGUUAUAUUUUACUAAUAUAUUCAGUACAUUUUCCCGUUUUUUCCCAUUUUUUUUUCGGUUCUUCACAUUUGAUGAGAAAACUUCUUAGAAAAUCGAAAAAUAACCUCCUUAAAGUACCACCCCAAGAAAAUUUCCUUUCAGAAAAGGAUCUACGUCGUAUAUAACGGAGUAAGGAAAGUUGGUGCGUUAAAAGGGUAAUUUUUGGUUUUCCGAGGGGUUUUCAAAAGAAUCGAGAAAACCCGGAUAACAAAAUUAUUUCGCAAAAGUCAAAAACCUUGUCAGGCCAUCCUCACCGUCACCCGCCCGCCAUCCGUGUACUUUCGUGACCAUUCUGUUUUAGUCCGUAAUUAUUAUUAUUUAUUUACAAUAAUAUCAUCUUGUUUUCUGGGCAUUUCGGUUUCAUAAUAACAAUAAUUUUGAAUUAAUAAAUAUAAUAAAAACCACCGAAUUAUAUAAUGGACGUGUCUUGGAAAUCACGAAUAUUGUCGCAUACGGUUAAAUCAUGUACCGUAUAACCCGAAGGUAACCACGACGGACUGCCGGGAAGGUAUUGUGAAAAAAAAAAACCCCACCGCUGUCGGAUCGAACACGAGGUAUUUUAAUUGUUUAGAAUGUAUACCUAUCCGUAAACUCGGGAAUUAUAGAUUAUAGAUUUAAUUACCUUCGCCUGCGUUUAUUUAAUUUUUUUUCUAUAGUGAUCUGUUAAUUAUUACAUUUCGUAGACACUUUUCAAAAAUGUAGGAGUACACACUAUUAUUGCAGUAUUAGCGCUGCGGCGCGUACAUAUUUAUUUAUUUUUCUAGGUUAUAUAUUUUUUAUUAAAUAUAUUAUUAUUCAUUACUUUUAGCUAUUUAAAUAUUUUGUGUAUAUUUAUAUUUUUUUUUUUCAAAUAUUAACCUCCAAAUAUAUUUUUUCCUUCUUUCAUAUUAUAAUAUGUAUAUAAAAACGUUUAUUCACUUUGGUAAGUAUUUAUUUAUUUAAUUUUUUUUAAUUUUAUAUAUAUAUAUAUAUAUACAUAAUAAUUGGUAUUAGAUUGUAAAAUUAUCUACAUACGAGUAUAUACUAAUAAAAUGAUAAUGGUGGUACACAUUCAAUAUUUAAAAUAGGUAAUGAAUUAUGAUUAAUAUUAUAUACUUAUAUAUAUUAUAAAUACCUAUUGCGUUUUUAAAAACAGCGGUUUGCUCUGCAACGCGCGAAGGAUGUCCGCUUUUUUUAAAAUUCAAUAAAUUAUUUCUACAAUUGUUUAUUACAAUGUGUAGCAGUAUAAUAUUAGGCGUGUUUUGGCAAUGCAGUUUCGAGGAUUGAUAAUCGAUUGCACUUUUCGGCAACCAAGGUUCUAUAAGGGAAUCGAAAACAAUAGCAGUGUUUAGGCGAUGCAGUUUUCUACAGUAAACGGUUUGCUGCAAUGUUUGCUAUACUUGGUUACGAUAUCGUCAAAACGUUUUGUUUUUCUGUACAGUAUUUUGCCAACGAAUAAAGAUGAUCCUCUUAAAAUGAUGUCACACCUACGUGUGCUAUCCCGGUCUAACAAACGGGCAAUACAGCAAAAUCGACCAAAUGUAGACUGCGUAGAACUUGUUUGGUUUUGGUUUUGAGAGUAAAAUCAUUUAUUGUGAAAUUAAAAGAGAACAAUAUUCCAGAGACCAAAACGCGAUGCGGUAAUUAUUCUAAUUAUUAUUCCGAAUAUAACGUUCAAUACAUCAAUACACUAAAAAUCUACUUUCAUCAAAAUUUCCAUGAAAUUUCGAGAGGAGGGGGUUCUGACCACCACCCCCCUUUAUACACGUGCCUGUGCGGGUAUAACGUUCUUUUAAUCGAAGACAGUUGACUUUUUGUCGAUUCAUACAACCAUCAGGUUGUCUAAAAAAGCAUUCAAUUGUGAAACAAAUUACAUUUAGAGGAGGGGGGACGAAUGACCCAAGCGGCAAAAUUUUAAUUGUUUCAGGGGCGGCAGUUUUAUUGAGUGUAUUAAUUUUUAUUUUUAUCACAAAAUGUAUCAUACUUAAUAGCAUCAUUGAUUAAUAAAUAGAUUAAUCUAUGAUUUUAUUUUUAUGAGUAAUAGCAGCAUAAUUAUUGAAAGUGCUGUUGUAUAAAAGAACCACGAGUGAUUUUAUGUCGAGUACGGUCCCCUUUUGUAUGUAAAUUUUUCUACACUUUUUAUUUUAAAUUCAUUUUUUAUCUUCAAAUUAAUAUCAUUUAUUUAACCAACCACAAUAUCCCUCCCAUUUUAUAUACACAAACUCUAAAAUGUUGUAUUUUUUAAAUUUUUUUCUAAUUUUUACAAUGCCAUGACUUCAUGAACUUUUCUUACUUCCAUCAUAUUCUUGCUUAUCAUGAUACUAUAAUAUUAUCAUUAAAAAUGAAUAAUAACAAAAAUAACCAAAUAGAUUCAUAGUGUUACCAUUAUAGUUACCUCGGUGCUCUAUAAACUUGAGGCGUAUUUAUGGCGUAUUUAUGGGAGGAGUUUAGGGAGAUAUAUCUCCCCUCAUGAAUCUAUUAUUUAUAUGACAAUCCAUUAUUAAAUUCAAAUUUCUUUACUUUUUAUUCAGAAAAAUAAUAACUUUGAUGUGUCGGUAUCUACCUCCAGUUAAUGAGAUAUUGUAAGGUAAUUUAUAAAAAAAAAAAAACUUGAACGUAUACACUAUCUUGUUGAAAACGAAACCUAUAUUUAAACAACAAAAAUAUGAAGAAGAUUAGAUUAGUACUUAUAAAUAAUAAAUUGGUUAAUAAUAAUUAUUCAUCUAAGUAUACAUAAAAUCGUACGUUAUUUACAAACAUGUAUUGAUUAAAAAUUGAUUCUUCUUUUAGCCUGAGUACACGUUUUUCAAUAUGACACAAUUUUCGAAUUCAAUAUCUUCUUCCUUAGAAUAGUCCUAAAUACAUUACUAAUACGCCGAUAUAACAUAAUCUUAUUACCUUUAUAACUGUAAAAUACCCGCCGCAGUACGAUAAAAUUUAAAUAAAAGUGUAUAAAAUGUACUACAUUAUACCAACAUUUAUUUUAUUUAUUGUACAAAUGUAUAUAUUAAGAGGAAGUUAUACCCUCAUCUAAUGUCUCAGUCCAACUACCGGGUAACAUAUAAAAACAUGCUUACGCAGAAUAAGUAAAACUAGCUUAAUUUUGAUUUUAGAGUAAAAGUAUCAAUUUUGAAAUAUAUAGAGAACAAUAUUUCGAAGGGAAUGUCAUCGGUGUAUUUUGAAUAAUGAACUAUUAAUAGUUACAGUUUAAUUACAGUUACAUUUAAAAAAGCAAAAAAAUAUAGAUUUUCGUAUCUUUUAUAUCGAACUGUAUAUUUUGAAUAAUACAAAAACAUGAAAGUCCCUCCAAAAUUUUGUUUUCUAUAUAUUUCAUAAUCAUUACUUUUACUCUAAAAUCAAAAUUAAACUAGUUUUACUUAAUCUGCGUAAGCAUUGUUCAUGUAUGUUACCCGGUGGUUGGACUGAGACAGUAGAUGUAGGUAUAACGUCCUUUUAAAUAUUCAGCUCACCUUCAUAAUAAUGUACCUUUUUCAAAAUGGAACCAAUUCAGCAUGUGGGGUAUAAAUUCGGGAAUUCAUUUGGGUACGCAUUCGUCCCACGAUGCUCUACCACUUGAAAUAACUGUUGUUUUGUUUAAUUAUUUUGCUUGUAAUUUGUAACAAAUGAACUUUUAGGGGGGAAGAGUUAAGAAUGAUAUAGCCCCGCUGACCACCUAGAUUAUUUAUUACGUCCUAUAACCAUAGGAAAUUCAUAUACGUAAUAAUAAUAUCUUUACCUAUUUUCAAUGGAAUUUCUUCAGCAACAGUAUUGAACUGUAAAAAUUGUAUUAUACUUGUAUACAACACGUUGCUUCUAUAGUAGUGAUGUUGAAGUAAAACAUGAGUAUAUUUACGAUAGUGUUUAUUGACACUGAAAAAACAUGCAUGAGAAGAGAAACGUACGUUUCGGCGCGAGGAAGAACUCUGGCGUGAAAAAGAUUAGGCCGGGAAGUAUUUACGGAGAAAAGGUGGGAGAGUAUAUUUUGUCAUCCGGCUGUCAAUAUCGUUAUUAUUAUCAAAUUAUCAAAUAUAAAUUAAAUUCAAGAACUAAUUAAAUCUAAUGAUGGUGUCUAUAAUAUAAUAUAACUAGCUCAUGCUAAAAUCAUGAUAUAUAUAACAUUGUAUAUAUUAUUUGAAAUUAUUAUGCCUCUACUCUACAGUUAAUACAUUUUUUAAAAUUUUUUUAGUGACAGGAAAUUCAAAUUUAAAUUGCAAAAUUUGACUAUAACUUAAAAAAAAAAAUUUAAAAAAGCCAUUUUAUAAUAUAGAUUUUUAGAAAAUUUUUGAUGGUUGAAACUUCUGUUUAGGUGUGGUAUAUAUUUUCUACAAUUGUUUUGAAUUUUUUGCAAAUAUGAAUAUUAUUGUGAUUUAUAAUCUAUAUUAUACAGAGUGUAUCAGAAAAGACUGGCCAACUCAACGGAUUGUGGCUCUAUAUGUGGCUAUAAGAAUUGGUUUUUUGGAAUUUUUGUUUUCUUAUCAAAACUUUGAUUUUACCCGUUUUAUUUUAAAAAUACCCAUACAAAAUAAAAAUAAACCAUUCCAGAGAAUUAAUCGCAAAAUUCUCCUACGAAAUAAGGGGUCACUCGAUUUUUUCCAAAAAUAAUCAUUAUCACUACUAUUUUUGGCUUGUCAUGUCCAAAAUCGUAAUUUUCGUGUGACGCAUGAAUUUGUAUGUAAAUUUGUCAGGGAUUUAAAUGGAAUAUUUAUAUUUUGGAAUUAUUUUGUAUUUAAGCGUCAAUUCAACGAUCCUAUCCGUAAAAUACGACUUAUUUGACUGUAAAAAAACAUUAAAAAAAAAAAUGCAUAAAUUCAGUUGUUUUUAUUGAAUUGUUUUAUAAUUAAUUAUUAUCAGAUAAUAAAGAAAUAAUAUAUAAAGUAAAUGUUCAAUAUGACCUCCGUGUACUUCAAUACAUUUAAUUGCAAUUUAAAUUAAUUUAUGGUUUAAUUUAGGGCCAGUUGUACCAGUUAAUCUUAAUGGGGGAGUUGAAAGACGUGUUCGUAAUACCCGAAAUGAGGAAAGAGUUCUUAAUAUUGUUCGUGUAGAUUCCGAAACUAGCUGUCGGCGUAUUUCAGCAAGAAGAGGAUUAUUUAUAAUGAGUGUGUGGAGGAUAUUAAAUGAUAAUAAUUUACACCCCUAUCAUAGACAAAGAGUACAGGAGUUGCUGCCACGUGAUAAUAUCGCCAGACUAAAUUUCGCAACCGAUAUGAUAAAUCGAAGAACGGAAAAUCCAAAUUUUUUUUCGAACAUCUUAUUAACCGACGAGGCUGGUUUCACAAAAGAUGGUAUUUUCAACCAGCAUAAUUCUCAUUUAUGGGCUGAAGAAAAUCCACAUGCUAUACGAAUAGGAAGAUCACAGUACAAAUUUAGUAUAAAUAUUUGGUGCGGUAUUAUUGGAAAUUAUUUGUUGGGACCUCAUGUUUUACCACCUAGGUUAAAUGGACGCGAUUUUCAAAAUUGUCUUAUGUACACUUUACCCAUAACAUUAGAAAAUAUUCCUAAUGAAGAACAGGAAACAAUGGGGUUUAUGUUAGAUAGAGCCCCAUCUCAUCACACGAUAGAGGUCAGAGAGCAACUCCAUUAUUUAUUUCUUGGUCGCAUUAUUGGAAGACAUGCGGGUAACAAUGCUAUAAUUCAUCCAGAUAUAAUAUGA